AUGGCAUCCCCGAGCCCCAAAGACAUUGCGGUCACCGUCAGACUCAUAAUACAAGAAGCCAAGAAAUCAGAUACCCUUAGUCAAAUAACCCCUCGCAUCGUUCGUCAAGAAGUGGAACGUAAGCUUGAACUACAGCCUGGAAGUCUUGAUGGUAGCAAGAAGCAUAUCAGCAAGACCAUAGGCCAUGUCAUGUCCGAACUAAAUCAGGCUGAGGCCGAGAACGAUGCCUCUAGCGAAGCAAAGCCCGACAUGCCAUCUUCACCAGCAGAGAAGCUCAAGAAGCGCAGAACGGUGGCUAAUGAAGGAGAACGAACUGUGAAGCCCAAGAAGAGGAAGUCAGGCGACUCAGAGAAACCGUCGAGGGACUCAAGCAGGAAACCUCCAUCCAAGAAGUUCAAAUCCUCGGAGAUGGUACCCACAUCCGACGUAGAGCUUGAUGAACAAGCUGAUAUGGAUACUAUGGAGGUGGCACCAUCGAAUGAGAAACCGAAGGCUGUAGAGAAUGAAUCGAAGCCAACAAUACCCGCCAGCACAUCGAAACCGUCCCCAUCGAGGUCUCCGGUCAUCGCGAAUGUGAAGGACGACAGAAGUGAUUCAGAACUCUCGGUAUUAAUGGACGAGCCGAAGCGCAAACGUGCGCCUAAGAAAGACAAGGAUGCUGCUCCUACUAAAGCUAAAGCCAGGCGCAAACCCGCUCCUGAACUAAGCAAAGCCGAAGAAACGAUAAAAAGACUCAAGAGUCUAGUCGUUGCCUGUGGUGUGCGCAAGCAAUGGGUGAAAGUCUUCGAGGGCCUCGACCGGCCAUCUCAACAGAUAUCUAAGCUGCAGCAAAUUCUUGCGGACUUAGGUAUGGAAGGGCGUCUCAGUCUUGAAAAGGCAAAAGCCAUUAAGGAAAAGCGAGAGUUCGAGAAGGAAUUAGCUGAUGUCAAAGCGUUCGAGCAAACGAUGGCUGCUCGUUCAGCACCAAAAUCAGCUUCUGGAUCUGGAGCAGAAGAUGAUGAUCGUGCGGAAAGCGAUUCCGACACAGCUGCCCCAAAGAGAAGAAAGCCAAAUGCAAGAGCCAGCAUCAUGGCUUUCUUAGCUGAUCAAAGCGACGAUGAGUAA